AUGGUCAUUUGCCGCGGCGCUUUGCAAAGACCAAAGCAGACGGAUCAUCGUUCCAUUGUCCCAGAUGUGCUACAGCAAGUCAAAAGCCUGCGUGCUGGCAACGUGGUCACGCUACGGGUUGUGUCUCUAGCUCGCAGACGUUUUCUCCAAGCACUGGCACUGGCACUGGCCCCCAAUGGCCCAAGCUCCAUUCGACUCGUGAGGUUUUGCUUUUUGCUUUGGCCUGAGCCGCGAGCGAGCGUCGCAGUGGCGUUCCGGGCGUGCCGUCGGGCCGAAACCCCGUGGUGGCCUGUGCCGCACUGGACGGCCUGA